UCAAAACUUAACCGACAUCUGAUCUGUCAACGUGCCACAGGAGCAGCAGCAGGCGAAUAUCUCCGCGGAAGCUUUAAAACCAACAAUUUGUACCGCGUAUCCUGUAUCACGGAGUGCCGUUCCCCGAAUCGAAAAAGUUGCAAAAGUUGCAUCGCGAUUUUUGUGCAUCCCGGUGUGUGAGUUUUCCCAGCGGCCUUUGCAUCUCGCUCAGCGGCUACAGCGACAGACGUGCCACGCCCCUCACCCUCCCCCACCGACAUCACAAUGAACUCCCUUCACGCCCACCUCCUGCUCCUAGCCGUUUGCUGUGUCGGCUACAUUGCCAGUUCGCCGGUUAUUGGCCAGGAUCAGCGCAGUCCUUCGCUGGGUGACGGCGAUGCCGAUGUCCUGCUGGCCGCCGACGAGAUGGGCAACGACAACGGCGGCGGAGGCGGCGGCGACAACAUUGACAAGCGGGUGGAGCGGUACGCUUUCGGGCUGGGCCGCCGGGCCUAUAUGUACACGAACGGAGGAGGCGGCAUGAAGCGCCUGCCGGUCUACAACUUCGGCCUGGGCAAGCGCUCCCGGCCCUACUCCUUUGGCCUGGGCAAGCGGAGCGACUACGAUUACGACCAGGACAACGAGAUCGACUACAGAGUGCCGCCAGUAGCAAACUAUUUGGCAGCUGAGCGUGGAGUGCGACCUGGCCGACAGAACAAGCGAACGACGCGUCCACAGCCCUUCAACUUUGGCCUGGGUAGGCGUUAAGUUAGCCCGGGACUAAUCUUCGACCAGAUGGCGCACUAAUCCAAAUCCAGCCGUGGGCCAUUUGUCAAGAGGAACCCAUUCUACCUAAAAUUAUCAAAGAAGUACUUGCUAAAAGCUCUCAGACUCUUCUACAAACUUAAAUCACAUCCAGGAGUCAAUCUAAAUGUCUUGGAAUGCAAACGAUUUCUUUGCACGCCCCUCGUCCUUUUAAAUACUAAUGAAAAAUCGCUAUUUUUAGUUUUUUAAAUCGAGACCUUUAACGGCAGCCUCCAAUAUAAAAUUGCGAAAAAUACCAAAAAAAUGAAGUGACAUAUUGCAAAUGAAACUGUCGUGUGCAAUUAUCAAAAAAGGAAACACAUAAAAUGUUAUACGAAUCUAUUAUAUAUGCAUAUUCAAUCCAAUUUACAGUACUCCAUAUAUGUACAUUUUUAAGGGGCAUUAAAUAAUAUACACGCGGAUUUAAAUAUAUAUGUAUAAACUUGGGGCAAUCUCUCUCAAACAGAGCGACUCGAAUGGCAUUCGUUGUGGUCGCAAUCGGAGGAGCACUAAUAUUGGGUAAACUACUGCAUACUAUUAUCGAUGUAACUAACUGUUUGAGCAAAGUGAUUACUAAUUUAACUAUAUAAUUACAAAAACAUGAAAUUGUUUUGUGAAUACAUGCAUACCUACCCAAAUAAACAUAGGCGCAGCAAAAUUGCGCAAGCAAAUCCA